UUAUUAUUCAAUAAAUCUUAACGAGGCUCAUCUCUAUAGGUAGUAAAAUAAGCAUGAUAUAAUCUUACCCUAUAUAUGUGUGUUGUGUCUCCUAUAGUCUAUAUAGAAGCCACACAAUAUUAAUACUUAAUAAUUUGUUAGUUGGUGUUAAUAUUAGUGAGAUGAAUUCAGGUGAAUUAUUGUGUGAAGUUGAAGUUGAAGCACACGUACCAAAAAAUUUCAUUUGGCCAAAAGAGUAUCUAGAGGAUGCUGAUGAAGAGCUUAAAGCACCAAUUGUAGAUCUUGAUGGAUUUCUAAAAGGAGAAGAUGAAGCGACACAACAUGCUUCAAAGCUCAUAAAUGAGGCUUGUUUGAACCAUGGUUUUUUCCAAGUGAUAAAUCACGGUGUUGAUGUGAACCUAAUUGCUAAAGCUUAUGAUGAAAUGGACACAAUUUUUAAACUUCCAAAUCAAAGGAAAAUGAGUGUUUAUAAAGCACCUGGUUCCAUGUGGGGUUAUUCGGGUGCUCAUGCUCAUCGUUUCUCUUCUAAACUUCCAUGGAAGGAAACAUUCUCUUUUCCUUACCAUCACAAUGCAUUAGAGCCUCUUGUUACUAACUACUUCAAAUCAACCUUAGGAACUGAUUUUCAACAAGCUGGAGCAACAUUGGAGAAGUACUGUAAGGCAAUGAAAGAGUUGGGGAUGAAGUUAACAGAGCUAUUGGCAAUAAGCUUAGAAGUGGAAGAUCGGUUACAUUACAAGGAAUUGUUUGAUGAAGGAUUGUCAAUAAUGAGAUUGAACAAUUACCCAAGUUGCCAACAACCUAAUCUUGUCCUUGGAACAGGACCGCAUUGUGAUCCAACAUCUAUAACACUUCUUCACCAAGAUCAGGUUGGAGGUCUUCAAGUUUUUUCAGACAACAAGUGGCAUUUCGUUCCACCUCUUCCUAACGCCUUCGUUGUUAAUAUUGGAGAUACCUUUACGGCAUUAUCAAAUGGAAGGUACAAGAGUUGCUUACACAGGGCAGUGGUUAAUGAGCACAAGGACAGAAGGUCGUUGGCAUUCUUUCUAUGCCCCAAAGAAAACAAAGUGUUGAGACCCCAUCAAGAUAUUAUCCACAAAGAUGGUACCAAAAUGUAUCCUGAUUUCACUUGGUCAGAUUUGCUUCUAUUCACUCAAAAAUACUACAGAGCUGAUCAAUCCACUCUCUCAAAUUUCACCCACUGGUUGCUAUCCUCCAAACCACAUACUUAGAUUCUCUUACGCUACUUUCUUUUUUAUAACAAUCUCUCCUUUAAAUUCUCUCUCUGUUUUCCUACUUUUUAUAUAUCUCACUGCUACAUUACUAAACAAAUGCAUUUCGACUUGUCUUUAAUUUUAUAUAGAUUUUUUU